AUGACGUGGCAUCCACGUAAGCAAUCCGGGCCCACCUUAGAUGACGUGGCAAAUGCACGCACUCUUGUUGCUGACGUGGCAGGUGGUGACGUGUAUGCUGACUGGUCUGAUGACGUGGCGGAUGACUGUGCAGAAUUGCUGGCGUGGCAGAUGACUGGCUGCUGGCGUGGCGGGUCAACCCGGUUCAGUUGCAGACAAUCGGGUGAAGACGACGCGUGGAGAGCGUGGCGCGAGUGGUCGCGCGUGGGCAGUGCUGUCGUCGGCGCGUGUUGGAGCCUAACAAAGGCGCUGAUCCUCACCAGGACCUCAUCACUCCGUGAUCAAAACAAUGGAGAAGAGAUGACCGAGAAGGAGAUUGUGGAUAAUGUUAUUCUUGUUUUGACUGCAGGACAUGACACUUCAGCUAUUCUUAUAACUUUCCUGAUCCGGGAUUUAUCUAUGGAGCCUUCAAUUUAUGCAGUAGUUCUUCAAGAACAUGAAGAGAUAGCUAAGAGCAAGUCCAAGGGAGAGUUGUUAACUUGGGAGGACCUUGGAAAGAUGAAAUACACAUGGAAAGUAGCAUUGGAAGCUUUGCGAAUGUUCCCUCCAAUCUUUGGUGGCUUCAGGAAAGCUGUAAAGGAUAUCGAAUACGACGGAUACAUCAUUCCUGAAGGGUGGCAAAUAUUCUGGACCAUGAAUAUGACCCACAUGGAUGACAGCAUAUUCACCGAACCAUCGAAGUUUGAUCCGACUAGAUUCGACAACCAAGCUUCAAUUCCUCCUUACAGCUUUAUUGGAUUUGGAGCAGGGCCUCGGAUGUGUCCAGGAUAUGAAUUUGCAAAAACUGAAGCCCUUGUUACAAUCCAAUAUCCAUUAUCUGGUAUUGACACAAACAGCAUCCAUGUGCUUGCAUAUGUGACAUUUGGUUCCUUGCUACAUAGUAUCUAUGAAAACAUCGAAACAUCUGUCUUCGAGAAUAAUUAG